CACAGUGGUCUCUCUCUCUCGUACACCACUAGUAACGGUAGGAAAAACCCAGUGACGUUUCUCGUGCUCAUUAUUCUCAUCAAAAGGAUGUUCACUUUUCUCUCUCUGACCGCGCGUGAACACCGGACAUCUGACGCCACUCUUAUAAAAGUCACCGGGAGGGACGAUCCCAGCACGAGCUCUUGAGUUGAUCAUUACUUAGUUUUCAAGCAGGGUUACCGGAGGAUAACGCACCGGGGCCAGUGUCUAUCUGUACACUCAGCUCGUUGAGAAGCAGCUUUAAACCUCAAGUUUCCGGUAGAGCCAAGAGACAUUUCAGGCAGGUCUCAAUGCCAUCCGGUUCCUAGCGAGGACACACGGCUCAGCUACGAGCUAAAAAAACAAAACAAAAACAAGACAAGAUGACUGGCAUCCACGUGGAGGGACUGGCGGCGAUCGCCCUCUUCUACGUUCUGAUCCUUGCGGUGGGGAUCUGGGCAGCGUGGAAGAACAAACACGCCGGGGAAGCGGAGGGUACAGACCGCAGUGAAACCAUCAUGGUCGGUGGCAGAGACAUUGGUUUAUUUGUUGGUGGUUUUACCAUGACCGCGACCUGGGUUGGUGGUGGAUAUAUAAACGGAACAGCGGAGUACGUCUAUCUUCCUGGGUAUGGCUUGGCUUGGGCACAAGCGCCUUUUGGAUAUGCGCUAAGUCUAGUCGUAGGAGGCCUGUUCUUCGCCAAGCCCAUGCGUUCCCGAGGUUAUGUCACCAUGCUGGACCCUUUCCAGCAGAAGUAUGGGAAGAGAAUGGGUGGUCUGCUCUUCAUACCUGCUCUAAUGGGAGAGAUCUUCUGGUCUGCGGCCAUUUUAUCUGCUCUGGGAGCCACGCUGAGUGUGAUCAUAGACAUAAACAUCAAGAUGUCUGUGGUGAUCUCUGCCUGUAUUGCCAUCUUCUACACGUUAGUUGGAGGUCUGUAUUCUGUAGCCUACACCGACGUGGUGCAACUCUUCUGUAUCUUCCUGGGACUGUGGGUUUCAGUACCGUUCGCUCUGAACAACCCAGCCGUGUCUGACAUCAAGAUCAGUGCAGUGAAGGAGAUCUACCAAGCUCCCUGGAAGGGAAACAUCAAGAGAGAAGACGCCUGGGUCUGGAUAGACAACUUCUGUCUGCUGAUGUUGGGGGGGAUUCCCUGGCAGGUAUAUUUUCAACGAGUUCUCUCUGCCUCUUCAGCUACGUACGCCCAGGUGCUCUCGUUCAUCGCGGCUGCAGGGUGCCUGGUCAUGGCUGUGCCCUCAGUAAUGAUCGGGGCUAUAGGGGCUUCCACAGACUGGAACCAGACUGCGUAUGGACCUGUACCUCCCAAGGAGAGGGACCAGGCAGACAUGAUAUUACCCAUAGUCCUCCAGUACCUCUGUCCUCCCUUCGUCUCCUUCUUCGGCCUGGGGGCGGUCUCUGCUGCUGUGAUGUCAUCCGCCGACUCCUCCAUCCUAUCGGCUAGCUCCAUGUUCGCUCGGAACAUCUACCAGCUGGCCUUCCGCCAAUCGGCAUCGGACACGGAGAUCGUGUGGGUAAUGCGUGUCACCAUCUUUGUGUUCGGUGGCCUGGCCACGGCGAUGGCGUUGCUAACGGGGACAGUGUACGGGUUGUGGUACCUGAGCUCCGACCUGGUCUACGUUAUUAUCUUCCCUCAGCUCAUCUCUGUUCUCUUCGUCAAGGGAACCAACACAUACGGUUCCGUCGCCGCUUACGUCUUCGGUCUGAUCCUGAGGAUCGGAGGAGGGGAGCCUUACCUCUCACUACCCCCCUUCAUCUACUACCCAGGCUGGCAGCUGGAGGACCGGAUUCAUCAUCUGACUGGAGAGGUGGAGCACAUAGUGGUGCAGAAGUUCCCGUUUAAAACCGUCUCCAUGUUGGCCUCCUUCUUAGGCAACGUGGCUUUCUCCUACCUGGCCAAGUAUCUGUUUGAGAGCGGCAAGUUGUUGCCCAAGUAUGACUUCUUGGAUGCGGUGUUGGCCCAGCACAGCAUAGAGAACAUGGACAAGACCACGUUGGUCAAUCGUAACAACAUCGUGUUGUCUGAGAUGGCGCCUGUCAAACCACGGCUCAGCGUUCAACUGGCUGCUACGUUCACCCGUAAAGACACUCUGGCCGAGGAGGACUCUAGUCCUGAAGACAGCCCCAACCACAAGACCCUGGACUAAAAACCCCGGGACCUUUAAACAGGAACGUCUGGGAACGUAAAGAGACUGAAGUAAAGAGACUGAAGUGACGGAGACUGAAAUACACAUUUUACUAGUUUGAUAUUUAACCACUUUGAUUUGAUUUGAUCCCCAUCAUGGCCAAGUGAGUUAUGAAGAUGGAACAGAAUAGAUGACAUGGAGAUAACGCCAUCUAUUGGGGGAGGCAGGGUAGCCUAGUGGUUAGAGCGUUGCACUAGUAACCGAAAGGUUGCAAGAUCGAAUCCCCGAGCCGACAAGGUAAAAAUCUAUCGUUCUGCCCCCUGAACAAAGCAGUUAACCCCCUGUAGGCCGUUGUUGAAAAUAAUACUUUUUUAUUUUAACUGACUAGUUAAAUAAAGGUUAAAAAUAAGAAGACAUUAUGAAGAUGGAACAGAAUAGAAGAUAGAGAUAAGAGGACAUCAUUGGCAACGAGACAAGACUAAUGUUGCUUCUGAAUGUGAGUCACCAGUGGAGAACGGACCGUCAUGUUGGUACGUAUCAGACCUGAACUCUCCCUGGUCUCAGUCUGUGAUGAAAUGACAGUGGGUCAUAACGGGAUAAAGCAGUUAUAACUAUUGGACAUGUACAGAGACUUAAAAACCUAGUUUUGAUCCAAUAGAAAUUGUAUUGAGCCAAAAUGGACAGACAAACUUACAGAUGUAAUAAUGACAGGAAAGAUAAAUAGUUCCGAGUAUAAAGAUUAAAAUAAUUUGUCACUGUUAUUUUAGUUACAAACAGCAACACUUAGUUUUUAAUUUGACUGAUGAAUUAAGUUUUGGUCUGAAUGGGAAGUGUAAUGUUCUGAGUCGUAUUGUAGAAAGAUAAACAUCAAAUAACCAAAUAAGCAGACGGACAAUAAUUUAUCAAUUAUCAAAUCUGGAUUUUUGGAUAUUUUUGUGACAUGGCAUAUUCCUGUGUUCAACCCACUGUACUGUUAUAUGAUUGGUUCAGGAUGAUGGAUAAAGGGGAAGUCCACUGUACUGAUUGGUUCAGGAUGAUGGAUAAAGGGGAAGUCCACUGUACUGAUUGGUUCAGGAUGAUGGAUAAAGGGGAAGUCCACUGUACUGUUAUAUGACUGGUUCAGGAUGAUGGAUAAAGGGGAAGUCCACUGUACUGUUAUAUGAUUGGUUCAGGAUAAUGGAUAAAGGGGAAGUCCACUGUACUGAUUGGUUCAGGAUGAUGGUUAAAGGGGAAGUCCACUGUACUGUUAUAUGACUGGUUCAGGAUGAUGGAUAAAGGGGAAGUCCACUGUACUGUUAUAUAACUGGUUCAGGAUGAUGGAUAAAGGGGAAGUCCACUGUACUGUUAUAUGAUUGGUUCAGGAUGAUGGAUAAAGGGGAAGUCCACUGUACUGUUAUAUGAUUGGUUCAGGAUGAUGGAUAAAGGGGAAGUCCACUGUACUGUUAUAUGACUGGUUCAGGAUGAUGGAUAAAGGGGAAGUCCACUGUACUGUUAUAUGACUGGUUCAGGAUGAUGGAUAAAGGGGAAGUCCACUGUACUGUUAUAUGACUGGUUCAGGAUGAUGGAUAAAGGGGAAGUCCACUGUACUGUUAUAUGAUUGGUUCAGGAUGAUGGAUAAAGGGGAAGUCCACUGUACUGUUAUAUGACUGGUUCAGGAUGAUGGAUAAAGGGGAAGUCCACUGUACUGUUAUAUGACUGGUUCAGGAUGAUGGAUAAAGGGGAAGUCCACUGUACUGUUAUAUAACUGGUUCAGGAUGAUGGAUAAAGGGGAAGUCCACUGUACUGUUAUAUGAUUGGUUCAGGAUGAUGGAUAAAGGGGAAGUCCACUGUACUCCACUCCCUUUUGAUUUGAACAAAACCUUCCAUUGUAGAAUUGGGCAGAAAGUGACAGAAAGAGAUCAAAUUGACCUACUUUCCCUACCCUUACCAUGAGACUGGAAAAGACAAAACGGCAGAGAUAUCCAGCCUUACCAUACCAUGAGACUGGAAAAUACAAAACGGCUGAGAUAUCCCGCCUUACCAUACCAUGAGACUGGAAAAUACAAACGGCUGAGAUAUCCCGCCUUACCAUACCAUGAGACUGGAAAAGACAAAACGGCUGAGAUAUCCCGCCUUACCAUACCAUGAGACUGGAAAAGACAAAACGGCUGAGAUAUUCCACCUUACCAUACCAUGAGACUGGAAAAUACAAAACGGCUGAGAUAUUCCGCCUUACCAUACCAUGAGACUGGAAAAUACAAAAUGGCUGAGAUUGAUGUCAUUUAAAAGUUUACCAACAGGGCUGUCAAACUAUUUAAUAAUUUCAACAACAACAAAACUAUGUCAGGCACAACACAAAAAAAAUGUCUUAAUAUUUUACAGAAAUUAUUUAAAUUGUUUGACAACCCUUAUUGUAAGCUUUUUUUAAAUGAUAUCAAACUCAACAAUUCGUAUUUUCCAGUGAUGAAGAUAUACAUGUGGGGGGAAACACCCCCAAAAAAUUGUUAAACUUUCAGCACCUUUUAUCUCCUGAACGGCCAACCGACUUUCUGACCACUUCCUCUACGGACGAACACGUAGAAAAACGUUUUGGGAUGCUCUCUCUCUCUCAAAAAAAAGGUAUUGAAAUCAAAUGGCUUUUCCCCACAACACUGUUAAUGUGAGUUAUAUCCUAGUAUAGACAGCAGCUUAUCAUAGAGGUCAUUUCAAACAUUUUAAUAUCCUUUCAACAACAAAAACACACAAUACUCUUAUUACCAUGUUGAGUAGAAAACAUUUAGAAAUAGGUAGUCGAUUUACAGCGCUGUACAAUACAAUACAGGCAUGCUCAUUUUUAUUUCAUUCAAUGUUGGGUAUAAAAAACCUGAUUUUUAAAAAAAUGUAAUGAUUUAAAAUCUACAUGGAAGGAAUAUAAACAGCAAAGUAUUUAUAGUAAAAUGUAGUAAUUUAAUGGCUUUAAUUACACGCUUUUGGUUUUAAAUGGUGACUUAUGUCAUAACGUCUACAGCGGUUACUAGGAUAUUACUAAAGGUCUGUCUAUAUACAGCCUUACUGGGUUAUUACUGAAGGUCUGUCUAUAUACAGCCUUACUGGGUUAUUACUGAAGGUCUGUCUAUAUACAGCCUUACUGGGUUAUUACUGAAGGUCUGUCUAUAUACAGCCUUACUGGGUUAUUACUGAAGGUCUGUCUGUAUACAGCCUUACUGGGUUAUUACUGAAGAUCUGUCUGUAUACAGCCUUACUGGGUUAUUCCUAAAGGUCAGUCUAUAUACAGCCUUACUGGGUUAUUACUGAAGGUCUGUCUAUAUACAGCCUUACUGGGUUAUUACUGAAGGUCUGUCUAUAUACAGCCUUACUGGGUUAUUACUGAAGGUCUGUCUAUAUACAGCCUUACUGGGUUAUUACUGAAGGUCUGUCUAUAUACAGCCUUACUGGGUUAUUCCAUGGGUUCCAGUCCGAAAUGUAUGCAUUUAUUUGUUUUCAACAGCAUUGUACAGUGUUUUGUGUAGCGUGUAUCUGUAUAUAAUAAUAAUGUGUAUAUUUAUAUAUAAUAUGUGUAUCUGUAUAUAAUAUGAUAAUUAUAUGUGUAUCUGUAUAUAAUAUGAAGAAAUACAUUUUAGACGACGCUGGUAGAAGUCAUAUAUCAGUUUGACAACAGAGACCCCCUAAAUCUCACAAAAUCUUUAUUUAUUUUUGAUGUCUUAAAAAGAAACAAUGCUGAAAUUGAAUAAAUUAUUAUUUAAACAA